AUGAAAGAAAACAGUUUUCUCCUUAGCAGCAGAGAUUUAGUCCAAGAACAUUCUGUCCGUGAGUGUCUGACUGGCUCCACAAUAAUGCAGAAUUACAGGAGUAAGAUGGCCAAGAACAUGCUGAGUCUCACCUUGGAGAUCAUCUGCCUGCUGACUGGAGAGGUGAGAGAUUCUCGGAUUGUCACAGUAACAUCACUGCCAUCAGACACUGCAUCAUUGCCAAUAAUAUUGAACAUAUUUGGACAAAUGUCUUUUUGUGGUAGUGAAGUUAGGAAAAAAAAAAAAAAAAAACUAUGUGGAGAGGAAAUAUUUGUGCACAUGGAAACCCAGCCCCUUCCCCCAACAAUAAUUGCAGCUCAUUCUAACCCCAGUUAAUCUUCAGCUGUUUGGUAUAAGGGUUGGAAUAGUUUGGACAUACUAUUUAUUUUUUGUACAUCUCUUUGGACAUACUAUUUAAACCCCAUGCACUGCAUCACAAGAGCACACAACUAUCUAUAUUGAUAACAACUUUCUAUAAUGUGUUUCUGUGCUGCCAUUUUAUGUCCUAUCUACAUGAGCACCAUCAUUAGACUUUUCUUAAUGGGGACUAUACCAUCUCCAUUUUGUACCUUGGCCAUAGAGGAACCCAGGUAAAUAUGAGUCAUGCUUUCUACAAGUGAGUUCUUUUUAAAAUGUAUACCAAGUAGCCCAGUUGUACACCAUUUAAACAAUUUACUUUCUUUCCACUGCUUCACAAAUGCUAAGUGAGAUAUUCAGUGUCCAAGACCUUAUUCUUUAGAGCAGGGGUAGUCAACCUUUUAAUACCUAUUGCCCACUUUUGUAUCUAUGUUCAUGGUAAGAUUUCCUUACCGCCUACCAGUGCCACAGAAGCGAAUUUUAUAGCACAAGUGUACUUAAAAUGAUUUUUUUUAAUUUAUUUUUUCUAUUUUCUAUUAUACUUUUUCUUAUGUGUGUCUGUGAGGUGCUGUGAAGGGUGUAGUGUUUGUGUAAGGGACAGUGUGUGUGAGGGGUGCCGUAUGUGUGUGAGGCUGCAGUGUUUGUGUGUGUGUGUAAAAGGUGCAGUGUGUGUCUCCCCCUCCCUUCUUACCCUUUACCAGGGUGUGGGGGACAUAAUGCUGCAAGCCCUGGUUGCAUGAUCACUUUAGCCUGCAGCUCCUCCGGCUGCAGGCCGACUCUCCUGUCCUCCUGCAAGCACACCACUGUAUCAGAACGUUUCAUGGCAACGCUCUGGACAGCCUGCUCACGGGAGGAACUCAGAGCCUCCCAGGCCAUUCCCUCUCUCUGCUGAAUAGAAGUACCAGCAAGCCGGUGAGGGAGAGCUUUGAUCUCCUCACCAGCCCGAUAGGGCUUACAGCAAGGCUGGCUUAGCUUGGGCCGGCAAGGGAGAUUAAAGGAUCUCCACUGCUGGCCUUGGCAUUUUCUUUAGAACCCACCACCGCCCACAUAAAAUCCCAAACCGCCCACUAGUGGGCAGUAGGGACCAGGUUGACUACCCCUGCUUUAGAGAGAUCACAACAGGUCAAAAAUGUAAGUGUUGAACCUUACAAACAUAUUUGCACUAAGUUUACACAACUAUAUAAUAUAUUAUUUUCUUGUUAAGUUUCUUUCAGUCUAUAAUGAAUUGCAUUAUUGCUAUAUUACAUCUCAAUGAGCACUAAAUAUUCCAAGUUUAAUGAUCCUCAUUUUAAUUUAUUUAUAUAGGAUUAUAUGAUUGUGAAGAAGUAUGGUGAGCAUGUCACACACAACAGUCCCAAUAUUUUAGAAGGAUCCUGCAGGACCCAGAGUCCCAACAUGGUGCCUCCAUCUUCCUCACUGAUACGUGAGAGGAACAAUGAGAAGAAGAUCCUGGAACUGUCCAAUCAGAUCAUACAGCUGCUGACUGGAGAGGUGAGGCUGCUGGGAAUGGGACAUUAUACAGUAAAACCAAGGGAUGUGUCUGGAUGGUGACUGUAUCAUUGUGUGUGUCAGGUUUCUAUGUGGUGUGAGGAUGUCACGGUCCAUCUCUCCAUGGAGGAGUGGGAGUAUCUAGGAGGACACCUAGAUCAUUACAAGGAUGUGAUAGGUAGGAUGAUUGUGUAUUGUUAA